UCCCUUGUCCCGCAUGUGCAUGGCUCUAGUGCCGAUACUGAGGGCGCUGUGCUGAUGGAAGAGCCCAAGAGUUUGAACGGGAGCUUCAUCUCAGCGGACUCGAGUCGUGCGCUUGCUUCACUUUUUUCCUCUGCCUCUCUCUCUCUCCCUCUCUCUCAGGUCGAAACUAACCACGACACAAGUGGCAGCUUUUGCAACAGGGGGUUUUUAAGGAUAUUGCAAUCUUCCUAAGCAAUGCCGAGCCCUGCUCGCUGCUCGUAAAUCCGCCUCAGUUUUGCUUCGCACCGCCACAUGCCUCUCGGCGGAUGCAAGAGCGCGGCUCUGCGCGGAGAGGAAUGAAUCAAACGCGAGUUUUGUAACGCAUCCGGACGACUUUUUCUAUCGUUUUUUCUAUUCAGAUGACCGCAAGAUGAAAUAAUCGCUCCUCUCGGCGCUUCAUCAGCACUGUUUCACUCAUGGCUCUGUGAAAUCUCCGCGUACUUCCAUCCAUCCGUCGUCGGGACUUUUCUCUAAGGCUGCGCUUGAUGAUAAUGCCGAAAGUUUGGAUAUACUGCUUUAACAGUACAGUACAGUAGAUGUGUGUAACUCGAGGCGGGGUUAAAGUUCAGCUCUAUGGAGCGCUGAAGCGUCGCGCGCACUUCGCAGAGUUGGAAAUGUGAAAGCAAGAAGCAAGGCUUUAUUUUCCCUCUCUCCCUUCUUCUCUGUCUCUCUUUUUUUCUCUUUUCAUACACACAUAUACAUACACACCCCAUACAUUCACACAUACACACCCUCACUCAAUCACACACACGCACACACACAACAUAUACAUCGCCAAUUCAAGAGUUAAAACCGACAGAUAUGUAUUCUCCGCUAUGCCUAACACAGGAUGAAUUCCAUCCUUUCAUUGAAGCACUGCUGCCCCAUGUGAGAGCGUUUGCCUACACUUGGUUCAACUUGCAGGCCCGCAAGAGAAAAUACUUUAAGAAGCACGAGAAGCGCAUGUCUAAGGAAGAGGAGCGAGCUGUAAAGGACGAGCUGCUCAGCGAGAAGCCAGAGGUCAAGCAGAAGUGGGCAUCGCGGCUGCUGGCCAAACUCCGCAAGGACAUCCGGCCGGAGUUCCGCGAGGAUUUUGUGCUCACUGUCACCGGGAAGAAGCCCCCUUGCUGUGUGCUCUCCAACCCUGACCAGAAGGGCAAGAUGAGGAGAAUCGACUGCCUGCGUCAGGCGGACAAGGUGUGGCGCUUGGACCUGGUCAUGGUGAUUUUAUUCAAAGGUAUUCCGCUUGAAAGUACUGACGGCGAAAGGCUGGUUAAGUCUCCGCAGUGCUCGAACCCGGGGCUGUGCGUGCAGCCGCAUCACAUAGGAGUUUCCGUAAAGGAGCUCGACCUGUACUUGGCCUACUUUGUGCAUGCAGAAGCGGGGCAGUCUGAAAGUCCGAACCAGCCCAGUGAAGGCGACAUCAAGGACCAGCCAGAAAAUGGGCACCUUGGCUUCCAGGACAGUUUCGUCACAUCAGGUGUCUUCACCGUCUCUGAGCUUGUGCGAGUCUCACAGACCCCCAUCGCGGCAGGGACGGGGCCCAACUUUUCGUUGGCAGACUUGGACAGCUCUUCCUACUACAGUAUGAGCCCUGGGGCCAUGAGGCGCCCCCUACCCAGCACUUCUUCUAGCAGUUCUGCAAAGCGUAUCAAAUGCAUGGAGGAUGAGGUGGACAGCCCGGGAGAGGAGUCCUACUACCCAGGUCAGGGACGCUCACCUGGAAGCGGCAGCCAAGCCAGCAGCUGGCAUGAAGUAGAGCCAGCUGGAUAUAAACUGCGUGGCUCGCUAGCUAGUUCGUUCAUCUCAAGACAAGGGAUGCCAUCGCCUACCACAUUAAAGAAGUCAGAGAAGUCUGGUUUCAGCAGUCCUGUGCCUUCGCAGAUCGCUUCCCCUCGAACGGCAUUCACACACCAUCAUCGACCUGUCAUUACAGGACCCAGAGCGAGUCCUCACGCCACGCCGUCAAGUCUUCAUUUCCCGACGUCGCCAAUCAUCCAGCAGCCUGGCUCGUACUUCUCCCACCACGCCAUCCGCUACCACCCCCAGGAGACGCUCAAGGAGUUUGUCCAACUUGUCUGCCCUGACAGUGGUCAGCAAGCUGGACAGGUGGGCUUCCUUAAUCCCAAUGGGAGCAGUCAAGGGAAGGUGCACAACCCGUUCCUGCCCACCCCCAUGUUGCCGCCUCCUCCGCCUCCCCCGAUGGCGCGACCCGUGCCCCUGCCCGUGCCAGACUCCAAACCUCCCUCCACCUCCACCGAGGGAGGCGGCAACUCCCCCACCUCACCAACCUACUCCACACCGAGCACGUCUCCCGCUCAGCGCUUUGUCAGCGUGGGCCCCAGAGACCCCAGCUUUGUAAAUAUCCCUCAGCAGCCUCAGUGGUACCUGGGCUAAAGACUCCCGACACGGACCGGCCGCUCCCGAGGUCACACGACCACCCCCUCUGUCUCCCCUGAGUACGACCCGCAAACAUGUACACCAGUCUGAACAGAGAGAAGCCACUUGCUGCCCCAGUACCGGACAGACCCACAGCAUGGCUCCAGCAGAACCCCGCCAAGCCCUGGAACAAGAGGAACCGACUCAACGCGCUUACACCCACUUACUAUAUAUCUAUAUAGUCCAUAUGUAUUCUUCCAUAUGUAUGGUUUACAUGCCUAUAUUCAUAUAUAGUAGCUGUCCAGCUCUUCUGAGGGUGGAGCUCGAGAAAAAAAAAAAAAGAAGAGCUUUGUUUUCUCGGAAACGUGCACGUUUUUUUUCCCCCUUUUUUUUGGUUUUGUUGUGUUUUUUGGUUCACCCUCACAGAUAGACGAGGAAAACGUAACAUGACGCAAUCAAAGAGCUUCCCGCAUCUGUGCCUGUGGUCUUAAAGUGAAUUCUAAGGCGUUUCCAACGCAGUCUACGGCCAAGGGUCGCGAACCUACAACCACCCGGAGUUCGGAGCUCUGCCUUUCAAUCACUCGUGUUUUGACAGAUCAAUCUGGUUUUCGUAUCGGUGAACGUUGGAGGUUUCGCCUGGGUCAGAUAUGCCACCAGCUAAAAACCUCUAUUGCGUCUGCUGGCCAGGACCAUUUCCUCCCCUUUCCACCAUCAUCACCACCACCAUCAACACCAUGUCAGAUCAAGAACUUUCAAGGACUCAACCAAACCCAUUUUUUUCAGUUGUUUUGUGUCAUUUUGGGGCAGGCAAUGAAGAAGUCAUGAACAGUGAUGUUUGAUACCAGGUCAUUUUACGGUAUGCUAAUGGGAGAUCUCCCUCCCCACUUGGAGGCAUGUUUAUAUUUUGUGUUUUUCGUACAAAAAUCAUCGCGAUUCUUUCUACUAAACCCCAGCGGAAGGUCUGUCGCACGCCAAGGGCCAAGUGAAGUUUCUAUCUUCCAUAAACUUCAAGAAAAGGUUAACCGUGAAUACUGAAUUGAGGAAAGUGCAAUUUUGUUGGGUAGAUGUUGGACUGUUAAAUAUCUUUGUAAGAUAGAUCGUUGAAGCGAUUGUUGAAAAGUAUAUAUAUAAAUAUAUAUAUAUUUUUCUUCCUAGUCCGUUCAGACCUCCAGGACUCUAAAAUACCGGGGUACAAAAAAGAAAAAAAAAACACGUAAAGAGAAAAAUAGAACAAAUAGCCUUGUGAGAAAUAAGGGGAGCUGUAAUUGAUUUUUCUGUUGUUGUUUUUUAUGUGUUUGUUUGUUUGUUCAUCAAUUGUUAGCAUUGUAGAACAAAUAUCCCUUUAAGAAAUAUCAACGUUUAAACAAUCAAUUUAGUUCAUUUCCAAAACGCUACAGCAAAUAUUUUAAUUUAACCGAGAACAUAAUGAAAUAUGAAAGAAAAUUAGUCGUUUGCGAAA